AUGGAGGAGAGCUACGAGCUGCUGAAGGAUCUGGGGUCGGGGAACUUCGGGGUGGCGAGACUGGUGAGGCAUAAGAGGACCAGGGAGCUUCUCGCCGUCAAGUACAUCGAGAGGGGCAACAAGGUGAGGACCAAGGAAGCUCUGAUGAAUCUGGGACCCUUCUUCUCGGGGGUGCCCUUCGAUUGAAACCGUUACCUGUGAUCUUCAGAUAGAUGAGAAGGUGCAGAGAGAAAUCAUCAAUCACAGGUCACUGAGGCAUCCGAAUAUCAUACAGUUCAAGGAGGUACGAUCAGUUCUUUCUGAACCCUUUCGGAUUCAUAAAUAGCGUUGUUGGAGCUCUUGCUUGUAUUAAUCUUACUCUUUUUUGAACAUGAUACUGAUAUCUGGUAAGAUUUUCAAGAUUGAAACAAACAAGAUGUUAAUUAAAUUGGCUCACGGCUGAUUAAUAUGGAUUGAAAAAGUUCGCAAAACUGACCGAAGGGUACUCACAGGUUAUGCUGACGCCGACGCAUCUGGCGAUUGUUAUGGAAUAUGCCGCGGGGGGGGAGCUCUUCCAGAGGAUAUGCAAUGCCGGUCGAUUCAGCGAGGACGAGGUUCGAUAUAAUAUGAUCCUAGAUCUUCUUCUUUGUUUAUUCAAUUCAUAGCUUCUGAGGUCUAAUGCGGUUCAGGUGAUAAACAGGCAAGAUUCUUCUUCCAGCAGCUGAUAUCUGGGGUCAGCUACUGCCAUUCCAUGGUAAGCCAUGGACCGAGUCACUGACCAGAGCUUGCUCGAGCACGUGAGGAAAAUAGUCAACGAGGACUUUUGGGUAACUUUCUGUGAGUUGUUGCAGGAAAUCUGUCAUAGGGAUCUUAAGCUGGAGAACACACUCCUGGAUGGGAGCCCUGCACCACGUCUUAAAAUCUGUGAUUUUGGUUACUCCAAGGUAGAUUAUUUCACCCAUUUUAUUAUAUACUGGAGUUUGCAGUCGAUUCUAAUUUCCAUCAAACCUAUAUUAGUGGGAGGUUUCUGUAAAUGCAGUCUGGCUUGCUGCAUUCCCAACCGAAAUCAACGGUAGGAACUCCAGCAUACAUGGCGCCAGAAGUUCUGUCAAGAAAGGAGUAUGAUGGCAAGGUAGGAGAAAUAUAUCCAGAAAAAAAAAAAAAAACUACCCUAGCAAUUAGCAUGAUUUCUUUCUGUUAUAGAACCAGGGCAUACCUCCGGUGCCUUCUUUGACUUGGGUUUUGUCAGAAGUAUCAGCGAUUAGAUUUCUACCCGGCGUCCCCUGAUUUCUGGUUCUCACUGUCACGUUCUAUAAUCCAUAGAUUGCAGAUGUGUGGUCCUGUGGAGUAACAUUAUACGUGAUGCUGGUGGGAGCAUACCCUUUUGAGGAUCCCGCGGAUCCCCGAAAUUUCCGCAAGACCAUAAGCGUAGGUCCUUGCUUUAAUCAAAUAAUCUAGGCUCCAAGGAAUUUGAAAAUUCUGUAAUCACUCACCUUGGCGAUGAACCAGCGAAUUCUGAGUGCCCAAUACUCGAUCCCGGAUUACGUGCGCGUGUCCAAGGAUUGCCGGCAGGUUCUGUCUCGGAUUUUUGUUGACAAUCCGUUGAAGGUACGCUUGUCGCAAUUAAACAUCCUCUGGUUGAAAUUCUCAGUCGUUUCUAAUGCCUCUGUUGUCUCUAUUACAUCUGGAAGAGGAUCACAAUCCCUGAAAUAAAGAACCACCCCUGGUUUCUAAAGAACUUGCCAAAAGAGCUUGUGGACGAUGGGAAGACAAACUACAGCAGUGCAGAUGAGAACCGCCAUGCCCAGAGUGUUGAGGAGAUAAGCCGUAUCGUCCAAGAGGCAAGAACUGUUGCUAAGGGUUCCAAUGCUGCCGGCCAAUCGGCGACAAUUGAGACCGAAGACAACAACAACGGCGGCUUUCUGUCAUCGUGA